CCACAUAUCAUUUUCUUUAAUUUUCACUUCCUUUUAAAUUCACCUCCUUCUACUCUUUAAUUUCCUCAUCAUCAUUCUCUCACAAUUCCCACCAAAAAAAAAAAUUAGAAACUUCUCUUCUUCUUCUUCUUGAGAAACUUCUUAACAUUUUAUUUAUGUAAAAAAUAACCAUAAGCACCUAAAUUUUCACUAGCCAUUUAUUAUUUUCAAGGUUAUUUACAUUUUUUACCUUGAAAAAAAAAAUCAAGAAAAUGGAUUGUGGAUUUAAUUGGGAGUCUAAUUCAUUGAUAAAUGAAUUAACACAAGGAUUAGAACAUGCUAAGCAAUUAAGAGCUUCUUUUUCUUAUGAUAAAAUUCAAGAAUUGGAUUUUCAUUUGCAAAUGAUUUUUUCUUCUUUUGAAAAAUCCUUGUCAAUUCUCAAAUGGAAUGAUACAGUAACACAAAGUCCAUUACUUAUAGCACCACUAGUGUCAACUGGUGCACCAGAAUCUUCAAUUUCUGUUGAUGACAACAAUAACAAUAACGUAUCUAGUGAAAUUCCACACGUGGGGUAUGGAGAGGGUACAGUGUACGCUGACGUUAUCCCUAAAAUUGAUGAUCAAGAUUUCAAAUAUGUUUCAAAGAAGAGAAAACAGAUGCCUACAUGGAGUGAACAAGUGAGAGUUAAUGCAGAGAAUGGAUAUGAAAGGCCUACUGAUGAUGGAUUUAGUUGGAGAAAAUAUGGACAAAAAGAUAUUCUUGGUGCUAAAUAUCCCAGGAGUUACUACAGAUGCACCUAUAGACUAAUGCAGAAUUGUUGGGCAACAAAGCAAGUGCAAAGGUCUGAUGAUGAUCCUGCACUAUUUGAGAUCACAUACAAAGGGUCACAUACUUGUAACCAAACUUUUCACUCUGCUACACAACUAAAAUCACCAGAGAAACAUAAACUCAAGAAACAAGCCAACAAUCCAAGAACAAUACAAUCGAACCAAAUGCUCGCAAACUUUCAAGCAAAUUUGAGAGUGAAUAUAAAUGAUUUGGACAAGAAAGAAGCAACAAGUUCCUUCCAAUUUUCACCUACAUUCUCUGGGUUCGUAGGCGAAAAUCUGCAUUUUCAGAGGUCACAAGAUGAUGAUAAUUUGGUUGGGGGAUAUUCACUAUCUUUUGUCUCUCCUACAACCCCUGAAUCAAGUUACUUCUCAUUACCAAGCUCCCAUAUGAAUGAUUCGCGGAGAAUUCACAACGUGCACCAUUCAGAAUCAGACCUCCCUGAUUUGUUCUCAGCCAACACUUCAUCAACAAGUUCUCCAAUUAUAGGCUUGGAGUUUCCACUUGAACGUGUGGAGCUAGAUCCAAAUUUUCCAUUUCAUAACUCAGAAUUUUUCAGAUAAAAUGUCCAAAAAGGACAAUGAAAAUGAAUAGGCUUUUAUCACUGAAUUCUAUUUUUAAUGUAGUAUAGAAGUGCUUGUACAAAUUAACUAGAAAACUUGCCAAGGGUAGUAACAAGUUACAAUAUUGUAUCAAUAGCAUAGUAAUUUUUUAAAAAAAAUUUCAAGCACAUUCUUGCAAGACUGCCUGAAUGUUGUUCAUCAA